AUGUCUUACAAUCGUCCGGCCGCCCCUCCACCGGCAUACCAGAACCAAAAUGACCCCCAAUACCAACAACAACAGGGUCCAUAUGACAACCAAGAACAGAAUGGGUGGACUCAACAACAACAGCAGCAGCAGCAGCAAAGCAAUGACGACCCUGAAAAAGGUAGCUGGGGCAAUGACAAUAUGGGAUCUGGUAAACCAGAAAGUGAUGCUCAAUCCUUUGAUGAUGCAUUCAAAGUUGAAAAACCAAGGUUCAACGACUGGCCGUUUGCAGUGUUUUUUUAUCUUGUGGUGUUUGGUUUUCUUGCGGUGGCUGUCAUCACCAUUAGAGCGUAUCAUUUAACGCAUUCAUCUCAAGGUGGUGGGAUCUAUAAUAACAACACUGGUGAUUCCUUGAAUACUAAUACCAUUAUCAUGUUUAUGUUUGCCAUUGCCAUCGCAGUGGUUUUGGCAACGAUGGUGAUUGCAUUUGCGAAAUUGUGGCCGAGAAAAUUCAUCACCAUUGGUUUGAUUUGUAACGUUAUUUUUGGGUUAGGUACCGCAAUUGCCUAUCUUGUUAUGAAAUAUUGGUCUGCUGGUAUUGUAUUUUUGGUGUUCACUUGCUUAUGUGCCUGGUGUUACUGGACUUGCAGGCAUAGAAUCCCAUUUUCUGGUGCUGUGUUAUCGAUCGUCAUUGAUGUUAUGAAAGAUCAUCCUAGUGUGUUAUUGGUUUCUUUACUCGGUGUUGUAAUUUCUGGUGCUUUCAGUGUGUUCUUUGCGUUUGUUGUCACUUCAACUUAUGUUAAGUUCGAUGAUACAUCUUCGAACCCUGGCUGCUCGGUUUCCGGUGGUAGCUGUUCGCAAUCCACGUUGAUUGGAGUAUUGGUGUUUGUUUUCUUUGCCGGUUACUAUAUUACUGAAGUCAUUAGAAAUGUGAUUCAUACAACCAUUUCUGGGGUUUAUGGUGUCUGGUAUUAUUUGUCUAAAUCUGACCAAGGCGAGCCAAAAAAUGCUGCUUGGGGAGCAUUUAAGAGAGCAAUGACUUACUCUUUUGGGUCAAUUUGUGAAGGUUCUUUGAUCGUUGCUAUCAUUAGCUUAAUUAGACAAGGUAUUAACAUUUUGCGUCAAAAUGCCCUUGCCAACAAUGAAAUGUGUCAAGCGUUCUUGUUGUGCUUCCUCGAUAUGGUUGUCAUGGUGCUUGAAUGGUUAGUUAGAUGGUUCAAUCAUUAUGCAUAUUCAUACAUUGCCCUUUAUGGGACCAAUUAUACCUCUGCUUCCAAAGAUGUUUACGAAUUAUUUAGAUAUAAGGGUUUUGAUGCUAUGAUCAAUGAUUGUUUGAUCAACACCGCUCUCAGUUUUUAUAGUGUGUUCAUUGCCUAUGUCACAGCACUUUUCGUUUUCUUGUACUUGAGAUUGACAAAGCCAUCUUACAAUGACUCAGGCUCAUUUUAUGGUCCUUUGGUGGCGUUUGGAUUCCUUAUUGCUGGUCAGAUCGCCAAUGUCAGCACUACAGUGAUCACCAGUGGUACCAGUACAUUUUUUAUUGCCUUAGCAAGAGAUCCAGAAGUCUUCAGAUUAAGCUAUCCUGAACAGUUUGAAGAAAUUUUCAGAACUUAUCCCCAAGUAUUGGAGAAAUUAAACUUGCCUCACUCCAACGGCAACUGA